GGCAGAAAGAGGGGGUUGUGGAGACGCCGAUGGUGAAGAGGAAGAGAUUAGGGCAGGUUGUUGGAGUGGAAGAGGAGGAGAAUCGCGCGCGGAGGGAGGCUACGGUCGAGCUCGAGCGGGAGUCUGAUUCUGGAAGCGACUGGAUUCCGGGGCCUGUGAAGGCGCCUGGGCCGUUUGAAUCUGGACGGGAUAAUAUCCUUGGGAUUCGCAUGGGCGCUGGCGAUCCUAUGGACGUUGAUGAGGCUGGACCGUCUGCGAAUGAGAUUGAACAGAUCAAGGACGCCUUUCGCCCUCCACUUUUCAAAAUGGGGGGCUCGAGUCACUCAGAGAUCCUAGCAAUGCCAGCACCGAAACCAGCGCAGCAGGCGAUCAAUACGCCACUGAAGUUCGCCCACCCCAACCUCUUCGCGCCUAUCCAGUCCUCGGCGCACCCAUUACCUAACUCCCUUGUCACCGAGUUCUCGCUUUCCUGGGCGGAUUCAGAGGUCCUCCACGACACCGGCUCUAUCCAAGACGCACCUUCAAAGGCCGAGGUGCUCAAGCGCCUACGAGAGCCCGAAGAAACUCAGAGAGCCUCGUGGGAGCGGAAGCGAUUCAAGGCCGCGGGCGGAAACCUAGCUGCCUACAACCGUGGGUUCUGGGGCGCUAGGGUAGGCCUGAACAGGCUAUAGGAACUGCAGGGCUUCAUGGCAUAGCGAUGGUGUUUGGGAGGUCUUGGGAUGUGGAUGCAUAGCGCGGAUGGGAUUGCCUCCCAUAUAGCGGAGACGGCGUUUGGAACUGGCUAGGGGUUUUUGCUAUUGAUAUAUCAUUCGAGGAGAGCUUGGUUGGGGAGUUUGGCUGAUUGAGAGCUUGUCUUUCUACCUAUAGUUUGGGGUUGGCGUUGCGUCGUGGUGGUAUACCCCUAUUACUUCUUUACUCCUCCUACUUUCAAUUCGAG